GUGGGGGGCCUUGUAUCAUAUAAUAGUGUUAACACAGAGAAAAGAAGAGAGAGAGAGAGAGAGAGAGAGAUGGUGAACUGGGUUGAAGCACAGAAGCCUCUCUUGCACUUUCUUGUGAAGAAGGCGGGCCUGCGACAGCAGACCGUCGAGAUCGAGCCCGGCACGGUCAUGAGCUUCUGGGUACCAAAAGAGAAGUAUGACAAGAAGAAGAACCCCAGCAAAGAAGUGGUGGUACCGGAAGGAAGGAGCAACGAAAGCCAUUUUAACACUAAUGGCGACAAGAAGAAGGAUAAGAAGAAGGGAGAGAAGAAAGAGAAGCCGGCAGUGGUGCUCGUGCAUGGCUUUGCGGCGGAGGGGAUCGUAACAUGGCAGUUCCAGGUCGGAUCCCUAACUAGUCAGUAUGCCGUCUACGUGCCGGACCUGCUCUUCUUCGGUGGGUCGGCGACAGGAUCGGCAGACCGCUCCCCGGAGUUCCAAGCACAGUGUCUCCUUGCAGCGCUCGGCCGGCUUGGGGUGGAAAGAUUCACCGCGGUUGGAUUCAGCUAUGGAGGAAUGGUGGCGUUCAAGAUGGCCGAGAUGCGGCCGGACCUAGUGCAUUCGCUCGUCGUGUCGGGCUCGGUCGUCACCAUGACCGACUCGAUCAGCGGCGAGACACUCAACAGGCUCGGCUUCUCGUCGUCAGCCGAGUUACUCCUCCCGGAGUCCGUCAAGGGCCUCAAGGCCCUCCUCUCGGUGGCCACCCACAAGAAGUUGUGGUUCCCAGACAGACUCCACAAGGACUACCUUAAGGUGAUGUUCAACAAUAGGAAGGAGAGGAAAGAGUUGCUGGAGGGGUUGCUGAACAGCAAUAAAGAUGCAAAGGUCCCAGUCUUGUCUCAGAGGAUACUUUUACUGUGGGGAGAGAAGGACAACAUAUUUAACAUGGAUCUUGCGAGGAAUGCGAAGGAAAAACAGAAUCAAUUACAAAAACCCAUAGCAACUGGGGGAGAAGGCGACGCUGCACGCCAUAAGGAAAGCUGGCCACCUUGUUCACCUGGAGAGGCCCUGUGUUUAUAAUCGCUGCCUCAAGCAAUUCCUUGCCCUUGUCCAUGCCCAAGAGUGAUCAGAUUCACAAUAUUUUUAUGUUCCAUUUCAAGAUUGUGAACUUGCAUUACAUUUUAUUUGACUAAUCCUCUGGAAAUUGAAUAAAGUAUGAAGACAUCUUAAUUUCAA